CAAAAGCCCCUCCCUCCAAAGUCCCUUCCUGCAAGAGGAGGGGGCCACGGCUUUUGUGUCUCUCCCCUCUAAGUGCUGCGUCGGCGGCGGCUUAAGGGAUCUGAACUUGCUGGCACCCUUAAUUGGGAAAAGCAGGACGUGGCAGAAGACAAAAGGAUUCCUUCAGAUCUCCUGGAGACUUCCUGAGAGCACAGAUGGAUGAGCAAGACUCGCCUGGGCCUCAAGCAGGAAGAGGCAAUACCAUCCAAACCGGGAGCAUCGGAGGAUUCUGGGAAAACUCAGUGCAGAAGAUCCUGAGAGAGGAGGACACCCUCAGCUCAGAUGUGCAGAGCCAGCAGUUCAGGCAGUUCUGCUACCAGGAGGCCAAAGGACCCCGAGAGGUUUGCAGCCGACUCUACCACCUUUGUCGUCAGUGGCUGAAGCCAGAAAGGCAUACGAAAGCUCAGGUGCUGGACCUGGUGAUCUUGGAGCAGUUCUUGGCUGUCCUUCCACCGGAGAUGGAGAGCUGGGUGAGGGAAUGUGGAGUGGAGACCAGUUCCCAGGCAGUGGCCCUGGCCGAAGGUUUCCUCCUGAGUCAGGCAGUGGAGAGAAAGCAGGCCGAGCAGCAGGGAGCGAAUCUGUUUGUAGAAUUGAGCAUGGAUUACUCUGAGGCAGAGACAUGGGACACCAGACAGAGGCCACUGGGUGACAGAAUGAUGCUGGCAAGACCUUCUCAUCCAUCUUUUCAUCGUGGCAGAGGGGAAGCAGCGGCUGUGGAACCAGAUCAGGGUCCAGUGCGCUUUGAAGAUGUGGCUGUUUAUUUCACAGAUGAGGAGUGGGCAUUGCUGGAUCCUGACCAGAGAGCUCUGCAUAACAAAGUCAUGGAGGAGAAUUGUGGGAUCAUGGACUCUCUUGGUGGGGAUGAAUUGGAAAUUAAGAACAAGGUAGUUCGCAACAAAAUUCACACAGUGGAGAAGCCAUCUAAAUAUUUGGAACGUGGAGAGAGCUUCAGUCAGAGCUCCCAUUUCGCUUCCUAUCAAAGAAGUCCCCUUGGGAAGAAACCCUAUCAGUGCCUGGAAUGUGGAAAGAGCUUUAAUACAAGCAGAAACUUCCGUCGACAUCAAAGUAUUCACCGUGGGGAGAAACCGUUCCAUUGCCAAGAGUGCGGAAAGAGCUUCAGUCAGAAAGAAAGUCUCACUUCUCAUCAGAGAAUUCAUACAGGGGAGAAACCGUAUCAUUGCUUGGAAUGUGGAAAGAGCUUCAGUCGAAGUCACCGCCUCACUUCCCACCAAAGAACUCAUAGUGGGGAGAAACCAUAUCUCUGUUUGGAGUGCGGAAAGAGCUUCAGUCGGAGCGACCGUCUCACUUCUCAUCAAAGAAUUCAUACAGGGGAGAAACCAUAUCAGUGCUUGGAAUGUGGGAAGAGCUUCAGUCAGAAGGAAAGUCUCACUUUCCAUCAAAGGAUUCAUACAGGGGAGAAACCGUAUCAGUGCUUGGAAUGUGGGAAGAGCUUUAAUACAAGCACAAACUUCCGUCGACAUCAGAGAAUUCACAGCGGGGAGAAACCCUUUCAGUGCCAAGAGUGUGGAAAGAGCUUUAACACAAGCACAAAGUUCCAUAGCCAUCAAAGUAUUCACCGUGGGGAGAAACCAUUUCAGUGCCAAGAGUGUGGAAAGAGCUUUACCUGGAAGGAAAGUCUCACUUCCCAUCAAAGAAUUCAUACAGGGGAGAAACCCUAUCAGUGCUUGGAAUGUGGGAAAAGCUUUAAUGUGAGCACAAACUUCCGCCGACAUCAAAGUAGUCACCGUGGGGAGAAGCCGUUUCAGUGCCAAGAGUGUGAAAAGAGCUUCAGUCAGAAGGAAAGUCUUCUUUCCCAUCAAAGGAUUCACACAGGGGAGAAGCCAUAUCAUUGCUUGGAAUGUGGAAAGAGCUUCAGUCAGAGCGCACCUCUCACUUCUCAUCAGAGAAUUCAUACAGGGGAGAAACCCUAUCAGUGCUUGGAAUGUGGAAAGAGCUUCAGUCAUAGGUCCAAUCUCACGGCCCAUCAGAGAAUUCACAGUGGGGAGAAGCCAUACCACUGCUUGGAAUGUGGAAAGAGCUUCAGCCAGAGCUCCUACCUCACUUACCAUCAAAGAACUCACAGUGGCGAGAAACCUUAUCAGUGUUUGGAGUGUGGGAAGCGAUUCACCUGGAAGAAAAGUCUCACUUCCCAUCAAAGAACUCACAGUGGGGAGAAACCCUAUCAGUGCUUGGAAUGUGGAAAGAGUUUCAGCCAGAGCUCCAAUCUAACUACCCAUCAAAGAACUCACAGUGGCGAGAAACCAUAUCAGUGGCUGUGUACGGAUUUAAUUUUAGGAGACUUUCAUUAGUAUGCAGGUGAGGACUGCAACGGUGUUCUUGUCAUUUGCCCACCCGGCACAGAAGUUGACCUUGUCUCUCAAAACCAUGGAGUGCACAGUCAGUAUUUUUUCAUACCAUGUACCUAGAUCUGUGAGGUGCAAGCCGUUGGCCAAGAUGUGAUUUGGCAACACUCAGCUCUCAAUGCUGAGCUUUCCUUUGAAGACGCUGACGUAGUUCCGCUUCUAGAGCCUCCAGAUUGCAAAUUUGUGGUGCUCCUGACCUCCGCUGUUCCUCAACAUGUCUAGGAUGCUGGUGGUAUCAACUGAAGCUCUUCCUGGUAUCUGCUAAACGCACACAGGACAUCUGUCAAAAACUCCACAAGUUUUCCUCUGUUAGAAGGUUAAGUAAAGGAUUCCCCUGUCCUCCUUUGAUCAUUGAAAGUACAUAAUGAGUGCAUGCCGGGAGCAAAGAACUGUAUCUAUGAGGAAAAAAGAGUUCUCUUAACCACUACACCACGCUGA